AGAUGUACAAUGCUCCAGCCAAUCAUUCCCGGUGAAGCCUCCUUUUCUCCGGGCUUAUAAACUGGACACUUCCUGAACAAGUUUGCUCUCCGCCCCGGGACUUGUCCAACUUCUCCAGCGCGCACCGAGAGGGACCGAAGCGAGAUGGUUGGGGGCCGUAUCACCAAGCUGUCGGUCCACGAUGUGCGUUUCCCAACCUCUCUUGGAGGCCACGGGUCCGAUGCCAUGCACACUGACCCGGACUAUUCUGCAGCCUAUGUCAUAAUAGAGACAGAUGCAAAGGAUGGACUCAAGGGGUAUGGAAUCACCUUUACUUUGGGGAAAGGGACUGAAGUUGUUGUCUGUGCUGUAAAUGCACUUUCCCAUCAUGUGCUUAAUAAAGACCUUGGAGAUAUUGUCAGAGACUUCAGAGGAUUCUACAGGCAGCUCACUAGUGAUGGACAGCUCAGAUGGAUUGGUCCAGAGAAAGGCGUUGUGCAUUUGGCUACAGCAGCUGUUUUGAACGCCUUGUGGGACUUAUGGGCCAAGCAGGAGGGAAAGCCCCUUUGGAAAUUACUUGUUGACAUGGACCCCAAGCAGCUGUUAUCCUGCAUAGAUUUCAGGUACAUCACAGAUGCCUUAACUGAAGAGGAAGCCUAUGAAAUACUGCAGAAGGGAAGCGUUGGCAAAAAGGAAAGAGAAAAACAGAUGUUGGAGGGUGGCUACCCUGCGUAUACUACUUCCUGUGCCUGGCUGGGUUACUCUGACCAGCAGUUAAAGCAGUUAUGCAGUGAAGCGCUCAAGGAGGGCUGGACAAGGUUUAAAGUAAAAGUUGGUGCUGAUCUUGAAGAUGAUAUUCGUAGAUGCAGACUUAUAAGAGACAUGAUUGGGCCCGAAAAGAUUUUGAUGGUGGAUGCCAACCAGCGAUGGGAUGUGCCAGAAGCAGUGGACUGGAUGUUAAAGUUGGCUGAAUUUAAGCCACUGUGGAUUGAGGAGCCGACCUCCCCUGAUGAUAUUCUUGGACAUGCCACCAUCUCUAAGGCCUUAGCCCCAUUAGGAAUUGGUGUUGCAACAGGAGAACAGUGCCACAAUAGAGUGAUAUUUAAACAGCUCCUACAGGCUGACGCCCUACAGUUUCUCCAGAUUGACAGCUGCAGACUGGGAAGUGUCAAUGAAAAUCUCUCUGUGUUGCUGAUGGCCAAAAAAUUUCAAAUUCCUGUUUGCCCCCAUGCUGGAGGAGUUGGCCUUUGUGAGUUGGUACAGCAUUUAAUAAUAUUUGACUAUAUUUCAGUAUCUGGAAGCCUUGAAAACAGGAUGUGUGAAUAUGUAGCUCAUCUACACGAACACUUCAAGUAUCCUGUAGUAAUCAAAAAGGCUUCUUACAUGCCUCCUAAGGAUGCCGGCUAUUCCACGGAAAUGAAGGAAGAGUCUGUAAAGAAGCACCAGUUUCCAGAGGGUGAAGUUUGGCAGAAACUCAUGGCUGCUCAGCAAAAUUAAGUUCUCAGCCUUACUAUGGCUUUUUCUCUUCAUACAGAUGAAUUUUUAAUGAGGGAGAGGGGAGGGAAGCUUGUCUGAUUUGACAUAUCAAAAUAACUGUUAUUCUAAUCACCAUCAAGAUUUAACCAUUCAGUUAAAUGUCUUAGGUAUCAUCCUAAUGAUCUGAGCCAUAUUCUUUGAUUAUUUUCUUAAAGAAAAAGCAGACUAUCAUAUAUGCAAAUGCUUUCAUGUAGUAUUGCACUCAAAUGUUAAACUAUGUUUUAAGAAAUGUUA